UCCCCCCAGGGGCGCAGCUACGUAAGCGUUGUCGGUCUGGAGAAGAAGCCGAUUCUGGAAGCCAUCAACGUUGCGCACAUCCGCGGAGUAAAUCCGCCACGAUCUUUGCGUACGAUACGCACAAUUACCUGCGCUGCGGACGCUUCUGUGCAGCGAUGGUGUCGGUGGCGAAGAAGAGGAAGAUGAACUUCUCCGAGCGGGAGGUGGAGAUCAUCGUGGAGGAGAUCGAGAAGCACAAACACACGCUGGUCAACCACUUCAACGCGGGAGUCACGCACAUGGCGAAGAACCACGCGUGGCUCGAGAUCCUGCGGAAGGUGAACGCCGUCACCACCUGCCCGCGCGAGCUCGCCGAGGUCAAGAAGAAGUGGUCCGACAUGAAGACGGAGGUGCGCCGCAAGGUGGCGCAGGCGCGCGCCGCCAUCGAGGGCACCGCGGCCGACUGCGCGCCGGUGCCCGUCAUCCUCACCGCGAUGCAGCAGCGCAUCUGCAACCUGCUCGGCGAGGCGACCAUCAUCAGCCUGCCGGCGGGCGGCGACUCGGACGCGGAGAUGAGUUUGCCGGUGACGGUGGACUCCGCCGCCGCCACCGUCACCACCGUCACCCUGACGGAGGCUCUGCCCGGAGGAUCAGAGACGGUCUGUGACGAAUCAAAGCCUCUGAACGCUGAAACCACGUUCCACGCCCUGGAGGACGGCGGCGUGGUGGAGUACUGCACCACCACCGUAGGGGCCGACUCCGCUGCCACCGUGGUGACGGCGGCGGUGGUCGAGGCUCCCGUGGAGAUGCUGGCCUCGUCCUCGGCCUCCUCGCCGCUGCCUCCUCCCCUGCAGGGUUGCGCCAAACCGCAGGAGCUGAAGAGCCGCAUCGCCCUGAACUCCGCCCGCCUGCUGCAGGAGCAGCGCGUCACCAACGUGCACAUCCGGCAGAUCGCGCAGCACCUGGAGGGCCAGAACGAGCUGCUGCAGAUGAUGCGGCGCUCGCAGGAGGCGCAGGCGUUCGCCCAGGAGCGACAGGCGCUGGCGCUGGAGGGCACGCAGGCCGCCCUGCUGGCGCUGGUGCAGAUGCUCCGGCCCACGCUCAAGGACCUGAGGAAGUUCCUGCAGAGCGGGACGGAGGCGGCGAACCCGAGCAGCUCGACGGCGACGGCAGCAGCAGCAGCGGUGACGGACGGGUCGGGGACGGAUGAGCAGAACCGGCCCAGAACGCCACCGGCGCCUCCUCCUCCUCCUCCUCCUGCUGCACCACAGACGGCUGAGGAGACGCAGUAGACUCUCUGUGUGUGUGUGUGUGUGUGUGUGUGUGUGUGUGUGUGUGUGUGUGUGUGUGUGUGUGUGUGUGUGUGUGGCCUCAGAGGACAAUGAAAAGCAGUUGCCUUAAGGAGCGUGUAUGAUGUACAAAAUUUUACUUAUGUUUUACAAUUUUGAAGAAGCAAAAGAUUUUGUUGAGAACAUUUUUUUAUGUAUUUUUUUUUAGUUGAUGUUAUUGAUCACAAUCGUUCAGAUGUUUUCAUCUUCACUCUGACGUGAUCUGAGGAUUAAAUUCUCAUUAAGGUUUAAA